AUUGGGGGCUGGCGCUCUUAUCAAAUCAUUGUAAAUAUAUAUCUAUAUAUAAUAUUAGUCCUCCACAUAUUGACAUAUAUUAACCCGAGCAUUUUUUUUAUUAAAAUGCCUGCUGCAGCAGGUAAAUUUAAUUUAUCCUGAGGUGAUAUACAAAAGUGCAUAAUAAAAUUGAUAAAGUGUUUAAAUUAAAUACGACAAUGGAUGAUAGGGGCCCUCAUAAUGAGGGGGCCCCAAUUGAUCCACUUGAUAUUUCAAUGAUGGAUAAAGCAUCUGAAUUAUCUGAAUGUUGGAAUUCAACAAAUUCACUUGGUACAUUAUCAGAACAUCAUCAUCAAAUUAAAGCUAACAAUAACAAUAAUAACAAUCGAUUGUUAUAUUUAACUGUUGAAUAUGUUGAGGAACAAUCAAGAGAUUAUUCAAGAAUGUUUCCAACAUAUGAACAAGUUAUAUAUUCACCACGUCCAAAUUCACCUCUAUCAGAUUUUGAACAUCGUGUUAGUCCACUUGAUCCAAAUAUGAGUUCAACAGCACGUUAUUCACCAACACCAGUUCAAUUACCACAAAUACAAUAUCAAAAUUCAGUUGUUGUAUUACAAGAUCAAACAUCACCAAUUAUUGUACAUGAAACUGAUGAUAAUCAACGUGCUAAUAUUAAUUUUAUAAAUCAACAAAAUUCAACACAAACAACACAAUCAAAUGUUAAUGAUGUUGAAGAUUUUAAUGUUGACAAUACUAGCGAUACAGAAGAACUUGUAUCAAGUGUUGCAAAUGAAUUAAUACUCAUGCAAAGUAAUAAUAAUGAAUUAGAAACAACAACAGCACCAUUAAUGCUAACUGAAAUACCAGGUACUGAUUUUACUCUUGCACGUGAUUUUUUAGUAAUGCAUGAUGAACAAUUAAAUGUCAUGUCAUCAUUGAGAAAUCAAAAUAAUGAAAUAACAAAUGAUGAUACACUUGUUGUACAUGAAGAAUUAAUGACAAAUGAAAAAACAAAUUUACUUGAACAAAAUAUUAUUAAUAUUGAUGAUAUUCAAUUGAAAAUUGAUGAUGAUAAUUUAAUUGUAUCUAAAACACAAACUGAUGGAGAUAAUAAAAAUACAAAAGUAAAAUUAAAACAUCAAAUUAAUGAUAAAAAAACAUUUCGAUGUGAUGAUUGUAAUGCUGUUUGUCUUAAAGUUGGUGAAUGCAGCUGUCAACAUAAUGUUUGUACAAUUGCUGAUCAACCAGUACCAUCACGUGCAAUAGCAACACUACCUGGUUCAUAUUUAUCAAUAACAAAAAUUCAAACAGGUAAUGUAUGUGAUAAUAUAAUUUAUGGUGUAUUUGCUAAACGUAAUAUACGACGUCGUACACAAUUUGGUCCAAUUGAGGGUAUUGUAUGUACAUAUGAUGGUAAACCAUUUUUAAAUUGUUUACCAUUACUUUAUGAAACAAAUGUAUAUGGUGAAUUUUUAAAAAUUGAUGUAUCAAAUGAAAAUUCAUCAAAUUGGAUGCGUUUUGUACGUCCAGCAUGUUAUUAUAAAGAACAAAAUUUAAUAAUAUGCCAACAAAAUGAUGGUAUUUUUUUUUUAACAACUAAAAAUAUAUUACCAAAUGAAGAAUUAAAAGCUGGACCAAGUUUUGAAUAUGCAUUACGUAGAAAUCUUAAAAUACUUGAACCUGAUAUUAAUGAAAAUACAAUUAUUCAUGAUAAAAAUAUUAAUUUACAAUGUUUUGAUUGUAAUGAAUAUUUUAAUAAUUCAGAAAUAUUAAAAAAUCAUUUAUUAAAUCAUGAUAAUAAUAAUAAUGGUGAAACAAGUAAAAAUAAAAAUACAAAUGAAAAUAAAUUAUUUAAAAUUAUUGAUGGACAAACAACACAAAAUAUUUAUACAUGUCCACAUUGUCGAAAAAUAUUUCCACGUAGUUAUAGUUUAAAACGUCAUAUGAUAAUACAUAAAAAUUUAAAAAAUCAUAAUAAUUAUCAAUGUAAUGAGUGUAAUGAAAUAUUUAUAAAUUCACAAAAAUUAUUAAGACACAUAAAAUUAAUUCAUAAUGAUAAUAAAGAAAAAGAAAAUUCACGUAAAUUAAAUAAUGAAUGUAAAAUAUGUAAUUUGAUAUUUGAUAAAUUACCAUUAUUAAAUUUACAUAUGAUACAACAUAAUAAAAAUAUAAUUGAUAAUAAAAAUAAACAAUUACAUUGUCCAGAAUGUAAUAUUGAAUUUAAUUAUCAAAAUGAUUUAAUAAAACAUAUUACAAAAUUACAUGGUAAAAAAAUAAAACAAUCAAAAACAACACAAAAAAAUAAAACAAAAAAUGAUAAUAAUAAUAAUAUAUUAUCAUCACAUAAAUGUACAAUGUGUUAUAAACGUUUUGCAACAAAAGUACGUUUACAACAACAUUAUCUUGUACAUGGUUCAGAUGAUAAAAAACCAUUACCAUGUAAUAUUUGUUUUAAAAGAUUUAUGAAUAAUUCAGCAUUAUCAUGUCAUUUAAAAACUCAUUGUGAAGAUAAACAAAUAUUUGAAUGUCCAAUGUGUCGUAAAUUAUUUAAUCAAAUAUUACAAUUAAAAGAUCAUAUUGAAACACAUCGUAAUGAUGAUAAUACAUUUAAUUGUCCAUAUUGUUUACGUCAAAAAUUUUUAAAAUAUUCAGUUAUACGUAAACAUAUACUUGCUUAUCACUGUGAAAGAAAACAUAAAUGUCAAUAUUGUAGUAAAACAUUUCCAACAAUUGAUAAAUUACGUAUGCAUUUAUUACGUCAUUCUGAUUAUCGUGAAUUUAAAUGUAAUGAAUGUUAUUCACAAUUUAAACGUAAAGAUAAAUUAAAAGAACACAUGACAAGAAUGCAUAAUUCACAAAGAAUUAUAAAAAGGGAACAACAACAACAACAAAAAUCACAACAACCACAGCAGCAGCAACAACAACAACAACAACAACCACAGCAGCAACAACAAUGUACACAGGGUAAUAAUGUUAAUAAUAAUAUUAAUAUUAGUAAUAAUAACAAUAACGUAAACAACAAUAACAACAGCAACAAUAAUGUUAAAAAAUUUAUUCCAAAAGUAAAUCCAACAGAUUAUAAUCGUUUUAUUUAUAAAUGUCAUACAUGUUUAGUUGGUUUUAAAAGACGUGGUAUGUUGGUUAAUCAUUUGGCUAAAAGACAUCCAGAUGUUCUACCUGAAUCAAUACCAGAAUUAAAUUUACCAAUAUUACGUCAAACACGUGAUUAUUAUUGUCAAUAUUGUGAUAAAGUAUAUAAAAGUUCAAGUAAAAGAAAAGCUCAUAUUAUGAAAAAUCAUCCUGGUCAAACAUUACCACCAAGUAAUAGACAAAAAGAUAAUAAUAAUUUAAAUGGUUUAGAAAAUUCAACAUAUUGUCAAACAGUUGGAUCAAUAACAACAAUACCACAUAAUUGUCAAUGGUGUCAUAAACAAUAUGCAAGUAAAGCUAAAUUAUUACAACAUCAACGUAAAAAACAUUCAAAUUUAAUGGAACCAGCUGAUAAAAUACCACGUCAACGUAAUCGUCCAUCUGACAGUCAAAAUCAACCACCAAUUAAAAAUAUUAAUAAUAAUAAUGUUGAUGAUGAAGAUGAUGAUGAUGAUGAAGAUGAAAAUAAUGAUAAUGAUAAUUUUAUAAAAACAAAAAUUAUUAAAGCUGAUGAUGUUGAUGAUGUUGUUGAUAAUAAUAUUGAUAUUAUUGGUGGACAAUUUGUUAGAAUGAGAGAUAUACGUUGAAUGUAUUAUUAAUAAGCCACUUGAGAUGUGGUUUUUGUGCUCAUAUUUAAAAAAAAAAAUAAAAUAUAUUUAUAAAAAAACAACAACAACAACAACAACAUAAAACAUUUCAAUUUAUUACGAGAUAUGAAUCUCGUAAAAUUUUAUGUGAAUGAAGCACGGCUUUGGUCGAUUGAAUAAAUAUUUAUAUUCACGACCAUAAUAAUGAGAUGCUUAGCAUAAUAUUAUUGAAAUUAUAGUGUUGAUAAAAUUAUUUUAAAUGAAAGAUUAUAAAUAUAUAUAUAUUUAAAAAGAACGAAAAGAAUUAUUGUGAUUAUCAUGCUGUGUUGAAUAGAAUUUUUCUUAUAUAUUUUCAACUAAAUUUUUUAGUAUGAAAUAUAAAAAAAUAGGCAUUAAUAUUAAUGCUUAUUUUUUUUUUGAAAAAUUAUUGAGAAAAAUAAUGAAGGGUUUGAAGAUUGUUGAAAAGUUGAUUAUUGAUGGAAUUAAAUUUACUAUAUAAUAAUUAUAAAUUAAUUAAAAUAUUAAUGAUCGAAUAUUGUACCUGUUAUUUGCAGAAAUAGAAUCUGUAAGUGUUUUUUUUUUUUUUUUUUAUUUAUUAUUUCUAAUUUUUACUCGAAUUAAAAUAAGAUUUAUUUAUUUUUAUAUUUAUUUAUUUAUUUGUUUUUAAUAUUUAUAUAAUUACUUUUUCAAUUUACAUUAUAUAUAUUAAAUUAAUAAAUGAAGAAACUGAUAUAUAUAUUUUUUAAAAACUAUGUUUCAUUCCAAAAAAUAUUUAUAAAAAAAAAAAAAAAAUUUAAAAGCGUUAAAUUUAGUAGAUAAAAAAAAAACAUAAAUUUAAGUAUUUUUUUAUUAUUAAAGAAUUUAUUUAAUUGAAAGUAAAAAAGAAAAUUUUUUUUCAAUUAUUUAUUAUUUUAUAUGAUUUCAAUAAUUUAUUUAUUAAUUAUUAGACAGCUUUAAUAGUUGAAUGUUUAGUGUAAAAAAUUUAAACAUUAGUAAAUAUUAGUAAAUGAAAAAAAAAUAAAAAAAUAUUGUUAUUGUAAUAGUGUUGAUGAUAAUAGUUAUAAUUCAAAUGAAAUUUAAUUGUCUUUAAAAAAAUAAUGCAUUGAUAGUAAAUUAGAAGACAGCAAAUAGUAAAAGAAAAACCUUUAAAAAUAAUAGAAUUAAUUAGUUGGAAAUAGUCCAAUUACUAUUUCACGAAAAAAAAAAAAAAAAA